GUUCGAUGACUUUGCCGAGGGCCGAGAGUGCGUGAACUGUGGGGCGAUGUCGACCCCCCUCUGGAGGCGGGACGGCACCGGCCACUAUCUGUGCAACGCCUGUGGGCUGUACCACAAGAUGAACGGCAUCAACAGGCCACUCAUCAAACCCCAGCGACGACUGUCUGCCUCGAGAAGGGUGGGCCUGUCCUGCACCAACUGUCACACCACCACCACCACCCUGUGGAGACGAAACGCAGAGGGCGAGCCGGUCUGCAACGCCUGCGGCCUCUACAUGAAACUUCACGGGGUACCACGACCCCUGGCUAUGAAGAAAGAGGGGAUCCAGACCCGCAAACGCAAACCCAAGAACCUCAACAAGUCCCAAACCGGGACUCCAGGCUGUGAGGGGACUCCAGUCACACCCAGUAGCACUCCCCGCAACGCCACUGGCAGCAUCAGCAGCGGUGGCAGCACAGAGGAGCCUCGUCAGAUAAAAACAGAACCAGAGGCUCACAGCUUGUUCACACACCACAGCACACAUUCACAGAUCUCAGCACUGCCGGCCUACAUGGCAGCUCAAGGUGGAGCCAUUCCUCUCAAGAUGUCCCCCGGGGGCCACAGUGGAUCUUCUGGAGCCAAAGCUGAGCCGUGGAGCAGCCUAAUCCUGGCUUAGAAGACCUACAACCCAGAACCAACUCAUCUAUACAAAAUUAGACUCUACUGACAGACUCAAGUGCUGGGAACGUGGACCACUGCUGGGGAUGCAGAAGAUCCAACACAGCCUGUUUGUACAGUGCAAAGAUAUGAGACAGAAAUAUGGAGGGCGCUACAAAGAUGGACAUCUGAUGGGAUGGAGUUUGAUGGUUGUGAAGGAGCAGCUCUGUGAUUCAAACCACACGGCAACUUUUGAUAUGAAAAACUGUAACUUUGUUAGACGAAAAGUUUCUUUGCCAUGCGAGUGCGUGACACAAGCUGUGACAUACGCCAGUGACAAAUAACGGAAACGGUCAGACUUUAUCUCCCUGAGUUCUUUUUAUUUCAAUAGAUUUUUUUCAUUUUGAGGAUUUGCAUUUUAUUUUGACGAAAAACGGAGGUAAUGAAAUACAGCAGGACGUGUUUACGUUAAAUGCAGCCCCGUGGUCAAUUCUCAUAAAUAAGAAUAGUAACAACCCUACGGUAAAUUUUCACACUCACCCGAGCAGUACAUUUGUAAAAGAUGUCUGAACUCAAUAGCAAUGUGUUAAGAUAGGCUACAACGUAUGUGCUGCUAACUUAAUGAAACACUAGGCAACUUUUUCACAUUAAAAUAGCAAUUUUAAAAUUAUUUUAAAGCUUCACUGACUAGGAAUAGGGAAAAUGUUGUCACUUUAAUACCGACUCCUCCUCCCUGUUCUUGCUCUGUGUAACUUUGGUGAGUGGCUAAGAUCUUCUGUGAGAAGAGUGGAACUGACCGAUAGUUGCAGCUACACUUGCCAGAAUCAUUUCCAGCAAGUUCCUGAUAAUUAAUUAAAAAACAGUGUUUAUCUUCAAUGUUCAACAAAGAAACAUUUUAAGUAUGAACAGAGUUUGGUGCAUUUGUUACAGGAGCAGCUUCAGGUUUAGAAAGCCAGGGAUCAUGGGUAAUAUCCACUGUUAAGUUGCAUUUCAGUUGGGUCAGUGGGACUAUGUAGUCUUUGUUUUUUCUCCACAUGAAAACCCCUUAAUCGCUCUGACAUGGAGCCCAACAGAAUUAAUCACCACUUAUUGCUGCAGAGGGCGCUGUUGCUCAAUAACAAUGACAUAGUGUUGCUUUAAUAAUCCACACGCCUCAGUUUUCAGUAUUUUCUAAGUGACUUUGUCACGAAACUGGUGCAUUGUUUCUGUGUUUCACGAGGCGUGUUGCUGUGGAGCUAUUUACAUGUAGAGUUUUACUUUAUUCAAGCACCUCAGUUGUAUUGGGGCAGCAGCAAAAGUCUUAGCAGCUUUUAUCUCAGCACUAAGAAAACACAAACAUGGCUAAACAUCAGCAAAGGUAAAUACAAUUUUUCAAUAAGUGUGUGAUUAGCUUUAUUAAAGAUGAUCUAAUACAGUCAGGUUUAGUCACAUAUAUUUAAUUCAAAUUAUUUCUGACUGCUCUUGACAUCCAUCACUCCUCAACACCAGUGAUAAAAUGACCCUCAGUAAAUAAAAACACAUGAUCCACUCAUUGCAGUAGGAGCUGCUCCCUGGUAGACUGGAUCAGUUUCACUUUGUGCCUUUGUCCUUUAGAUGUACAAAACAACAUAUCAGUAUUGUCAACUGUAUGAAAAAAUACACAAUAAGCUACCUAUGAAUGAUGCACAUGACCAAUAUGAUGUGGAUGGACUGUCACACAGCUCCCUCUGCUGACACAAGUACAAUAGUGCAUGCACAUGAGGAGCCUCCUAAACAUUUUGGAGCCUUUCCAAGAAAAAAAAAAGAUCUAUUUAUUAUUAUAGACACAAAUCAAAACACAUUAUCAUAUAAUAAUCAUCUAUAACAUAUAUAUAUCAAGGUUGUUUGAUAAACUAUAUGAAGGAGAGGUUUACAGUUUGUUAGUGAAACUGCUUGAAUUUGCUUGUGACAAGCAUGGAGGCAACAUGUGUAAAUGUGGGAUUCUACCACAUGUAAUUUCCUUAAUAACCAUAUGAGCGUGUAUGUAAAAAAAUCCACUCCAGUAUAAUUGUGUAAUACACCUUUUUGUGAUAUAUUGUAAGUAAAGACACAAUGAGAGACGAACAUGUGUGU